GUGCGGGUGAACGUAUUCCUGCUUCCUCUCUGUCAGCGCCAUCUUGGACUGUGCGCGACGCGGCCGUUCCCGGAUAUUUGCUAAGAGAGAGUGAGCCAAUAAUCCACAUUCUUGGCAUUCUACCAAAAUACUGGAGUCCCAACUAGAUCCCAGCAUGAUGCAGAUAUCACAGGGGACGAUCAGAUCUCCAUGGCACCAAGUCUACCACUCAAGUUCUUCCACAAGUGAUCUCUCCGGCUACAAUCAUGAGUUCUUAAGAAGCAAUAUAGCUCCAGACCCAUAUCGCUCGAGAGGAAGCAUGGAAAGUUUGGAUCAGGCGUCUGCUGCAUAUCAUCACUGCCACCUUUCACCAGCAAAGUCUACUAAUUGCAUAGAUCAGCUUGUUUACCUCCACAACAAAAGAGAUUCUGCUUAUAGCUCAUUCUCAACUAACGCUAGCAUCCCAGAGUACCACAGCUCUCAGUUUAGCAAGGAGAGGUCUUAUUCUAUGGAAAGUAUGCACUCUCGUAGUAGUGUGCCAGAAGGCAUUAAGCACGCAGACAUUAAAUACAUAAAGACCGUCUAUAAUGUACAACGUGGAAUCUCAGAGUAUGAAGUGAAUUCCUCUUCUGUAAUGAAUCGGAAUUACAGUAGACAACCUGCAUACAAUAGGUACAGUAUUGGCCCUCAUGGGAGAUUGAAUCAGAGCAGAAUGUUUUCUGAGAGUGAUGGGUUUGAAAGAUCAGCACCUUUGCCUCCUACUCGUAGUGACAGUUAUGCAUUAACAAGGCAUCACGAACGUAGCCCACUAGUAAAACCCAAGCAGAUUUAUUCUGAAGCACCACAGCCAGGGCGGCCUAUUCUUCCUACAGGAAUCUACCCUGUACCAGCCCCAGAACCACACUUUGCUCAUGCACCACAGCCUCCAAAAAACAAUAAUGGAAGACUUUAUCCAGCACUAGCCAAAGAGGGGUCUUAUCUGGCCAAAUCUUCAGAAAAACUUCCUCCCUGCUCUGAGUUUAAUGAAAAUGAUGCCCAACAUUUAGGAAGUAAGUCUUUAGGACAUUGUUCCAUGGACCAUUCCAUUAAAGACAAAGAGAAAAAGCACGAAGGUCCCACAGGCUUUUCUCACUAUAAGAUUAAUUUUUCUGUUGGACCUGAAAUUCCCACCAGCUCUUUAACUUAUGACAAAAAUGAUCAAUACCCUUUAAGCCUGCACAAAAAUGGCACAAAGAUGGCAGAGAAAAAUGAUUCUUCUGUUCAUACUGAUGCUCAAAACAAAAGUGAAAGGCAUGGAUUCUCAGUUUAUGCUCAACCUGCAUUCCAAAACGAGUGGAAUGAUAGCAAAGCAAAACAGUCUACAAACAUCAUGGAUUUACAUCGAAAUUCAUGCAGUAGUGAUACCCAGAAAGAGAAUGAAUAUUGCAAUCACUUAAUCAUUGCUUGCUCCUCACCUAAUAAAAUGGAUGACAGAAUUAAUCGACAGGCUGAUCACAGAAAAAAACUGACAAGUCUGACUUUUACAGUACAUGUUGAUGAUGUUAAUGGCCCCAACAGUAAUCAACUAAAAGCUGACAAGUUACCUUCGCCUUCUCAGAAGAAAAGCUAUGAUUUUGCGAAAAGAAGGUUAAGUUCAAGCAGCUCCCAGAGUAGCAAGACAGAUGGCAACAAACUUUCCUCUGUUUUAGACAAAGUUUGCAAGAUUGAGCAGCGGGAGCAGGAGAACCAGAGAUCCCAAGUUCUGUGUGGAAACAUUAGUCAGUCAGGGCCAAGUACUAGGGGACAGAAUAAUAGAGGAUCUUUAACCAUGGUUGAAGAAAUUAGAAACAAGUUUAUUUGCCUGGAUCAAACUUAUCAUAAUGAAUGGCAUAGACUUUCAAGCUCAAAUAGUAAAGAAAGAGCUACAGGUAUGAACCAGAUAACAAGACAUGGUAGUGUGCAUAGUAUAAAAAGAUGGGAUGCAGAGGAGCAAGUUGAAAAAAUGUAUUCAAAUAAUCAAGAGCAAAACGUUUUACAAAUUGUGCCAGAUGAUGAUAAAAGAAGCUUUGAGUCACAAACAAUGCCAAAUAAAGAUGAUUUGCAAUGCGCUGCACAAGACACUCUGGGAUAUAAUAGGGCUUACAGAAAUAGUGUGAAAGUUGCACAGUGUAAAGUUCUAGAAGCCACAUCUUAUAGGCGUAAAGAUUUAGAAAUCAGCCCGCCUCACUAUAAGAAACCAGAGAACAAUGAAAGACCUGCUUCAGCUCCAUUUAGAAAUAAGUCUUCAUCCUUGUCCCCUCAUGCUCCAAAAGAACGCCACAGUGUCACUCCUACAGAUAACUGUGCUGGUAUCCAGGAAAGCCAAGGUGUUUCCUUUCCAUCCCGUAUUGGAGCCAAGAGACUGAUAACAGCUGAGCAGAAAAAAAGAUCCUACUCAGAGCCAGAAAAGAUGAAUAAAAUUGGAGCAUCUGAAGGCAAAUCAGCACCCCUGGCUGUUCCCAAAAAGCAUCCAAAUUCUAGCUUCUUAGAGAACUCUGUGGAAGAUAGAAGGAGAGUAUUUGAAAGGGAUGGCAAGGCAUGUUCAACUACUAGUUUGUCAAAGCCACAGCUGAAACAGCUCCAACAGACUGCCCUUGCAGAUUAUAUACAGCGUAAGAUGGGCCGAAGUCCAUCCUCCCAGGAGACAAGGACAUUAAAAGAAAGUUCACAAAGUACCUACUUCUCAGGGAGUAUAAUGGACAACCAGAGUUUGAUUUCCACAUCUAGUAUGAAUUCUCUUCAUGAACACAGUAUGUCCUACCGCAACAGGGAAACUAUGGAAAUGCUUUCUAAAACUGGGCGUGUUUCUUCUACUCUUCCUUCUGGUUUAACAGGCUUCUUUGAUCUUAGCAGCUUUGAGGAUAACACUGAAUAUACAGACUGCAGGAGUCGUAGUAACUCCUUUGCCCAUCAGUUAAGGUCUGAACGUUUACCAGAUCACAGAUACAAGGUGGAAUUUGGAAAAAGCAGGGAAACCAACAAGCCACAGGAAGCCACAUUGCAAUCAGAUGAUGUUGUGGGUAUGACAAGGAGUGAACAACCUGGUAAAUUUGCUUCUGCUGAGGAUUUGCUGGACAGAUUACCACAACCACCUGCUCUGCAUGUGAGAUCAAGGUCGUCACCUGCUAGUGAUAAGAAAAGCAGGGAAUAUAUGUUAAGGCAUGAUCUUAGCAACAAAACUUUGUAUGCCUUAACUUCUAAUAAUGGAACCAGGUCUGUAAAAAGCAAUAAUUCUGAACAAAUGUCAUUCCAAUCAUCCUUUAAACACAAUACUGAUAAUGAAGGCCAGUUUCCUGAAAAAUUUUUAGCUGUUCAGAGAUCGGUUCCAUUAGAAACUCAGAGAAAUACCAAUGCUCGGAGCACUAGUCCUAGUGGAACUUACAACCAUCACACUGAAGCAAUGCAGGUACCAUUAGCCUUGCCAAUUCAUUCAGUUCCUGCUAAAGUGGCACAGACCUCACUCACUCUCACUUCACUUGACUAUAUUACUGCUGAAGAAUAUCUUUAUUCUGGGAAGCAUGGAAAGGAAAGUGCUUCUCCAAUUGACAAUAAGGAAAAAAGUCACCAGGAAUGGUGUUUACCUGAAAAAAAAUCAUCUGAAGAUUUUACUGAUAUAGAAAGAUGUGCAAAAUAUACGUCUACACAAAGGCUACAGCCUUUUAAAACUGAAAUUGCCAAUUCAAUUAAUGGAACUGUCCAACAAAAUAAAUCUUCAGGACCCUCAGCUGGACCAAAAUUUUCCACUAGUUGGAAAAACAAUGCCAUGUGGAGUAGCAGUUCAUCCGAGGCAGAGACCACCUUUCACCGUGGCAAAAUUUCUCUACAUAUAUCAGAGUCCUGCCUCCAGUCACCUAUGACUGGUCAGGAGGAAGAGGGUGAUGAUGAGGUUUUUGUUAAAGAGCAGGAUACAGAAUCAUUUUCUGGGGCUGUCAUUCCUCCAUCUCCACCUCCCUUCCCACCUCCAAGCCUAGAAGAUGCACUGUUACAAGAAAAAAUAGAAAAAUACCAUUUUGCUCCCAACAUUCUGGAUGAAACACGGGAAAACACAGAAGACAUUUCUAAAGAUGUAAACAAGAAAAUCAAUGAAAGAUAUCAUCAGUCUACAUCAGAAUAUGCAGAAAGCACAGAAAGCAGUGUUUUAUACUUGUUGAAUUCAGGAAUCACAAAAAGGGAUACUGACAUUCCACUACAUAGACUUUCCUCUGUAGUGCCAUCAAAUGAGCCUACAGCUUCCUCGGUGGAUCCAGCUAAACCUACUGAAGAACAUGUAACCCAUCCCCACUGGGCAGACACCAGUAUUUUAAGUUUAGAAAGGAAUUUCAGUUUCAGUGACAGCCACAGCACCUUACCAUGUGUUAGAACAGACUUUGUGUCUCCGGAAGAUGCCAAAUCACAAGAACUGGCAAAGGAAAUUGUGACCAUGGACAAAUCCCUUGCUAAUAUUCUAGAUCCUGACUCCAAGAUGAAGACAACUAUGGAUUUAAUAGAGGGCUUGUUUACCAAAAGCAGCAGUGCAUUAAAGGAAAAGAAUCAGAAGCUUAAAGCAAAAAAGCAGGCAAAUAACAUUAUAGCACCGGAUAGUGAAAAACGAGAAGAGAAAAGAGAAACUCAUGAUAUUGCAAGCAGUUGCUCUGCGAAUUACUCUACGUCAGCACCCAAAGCAGAACUCCUGAGAAAGAUGAAAAGCAUGCACUCUCAGACAGAAGGGGAGGAGGAACAGUUUGAUGUAAAUGAAAAAAAGGCGGAGCUAAUUGCCAGUCUUACAUGCAAACUCGAGGUUCUGAAGGAUGCUAAGGAAAGCCUACUGGAUGAUAUAAAGCUAAACAACAGCCUUGGGGAGGAAGUUGAGACCCUAAUUGAGACCCUUUGCAAGCCCAAUGAAUUUGACAAGUACAAGAUGUUUAUUGGAGAUCUAGAUAAGGUGGUGCAUCUAUUGCUCUCACUCUCGGGGCGUCUGGCCAGGGUAGAAAAUGCACUAAGCAGCUUGGGGGAAGAUGCCAACCCUGAUGAGAGGAACACCUGGAAUGAGAAAAAAAAGCAGCUAUGUGGCCAGCACGAAGACGCCUGUGAGCUGAAGGAGAAUCUCGACCGUCGUGAGAAGUUGGUGAUGGACAUCUUGGGAAACUACCUCACAGGAGAACAGUUUGCAGACUACCAGCAUUUUGUCAAAAUGAAAGCAGCUUUAUUGAUUGAGCAACGGGAACUAGACGAUAAGAUUAAACUUGGCCAAGAGCAAUUGAGGUGCCUAAAAGAAAGUUACCUUAUUAGAGGGAAAGUGCCUUGGCAGGAGGAAAGAACAUAUUCUCUGGGGAACAAAAGUUUACCUCCACCACUGACCUCAUCACUUUAAUGUUCUCUAAUACCAGCUCAGGCAAACCUUUUUUAAAUACAGAUACUUAUUCUAUUCUCAAUGUACAAUUUUGCAAAUUGAUCUAUCGAUGGUAUGAAAAGGUAGCUGUGCAACCAUUAAAUUUUCUCCAAAUGACUGUGAAAGAAAUACAAUUAAGGAUACUUUACAAAUGGUACAACCACUGAUUUGUUUUGUCAUGUAACUUCUUAUGGGCAAAUGAAUGUGAACAAAUCAGUUUGGUGAUUCUCUUUAAAAUUUCUUCCUUUACUGCAGGGUAAACAUGGGCACCCUAGCCUUAUUAGUAUUUGUAUUGCUUUUACUCUUGCAGCAAACUCCAAAAAAAGUAAAAUCAAAAAUGUGGUAAAAGUGAUAUAUGUUGUACCUGCAGAAAAAGAGUGUGCUUCAUCUGUCUCUUUCUAGUUCUUUGCCUUUAAAACAUUACUUUAGAAUGUGUCUGUGGCUUCCCCAGUUCAGUUCAUGACAAUGAAGCAUGAAUGCCUUAAUGAGUGCCUACAUCUACUAUUUAUAAAGUACCCUUUGUUUCUGUAA